UCUCUCUCUCUCUCUCUCAUGAUCUCAACUUUUCAAUUGUUUUCAAAAUCAGCCCUAUAAAAGGACCUCUUCUUUCCACACCCAUUUCCUCCCUUCAACUCUUUCCUCUUUCCGUUCUUAUUCUUUUUUUCCUCAUGGCGCCAGAAGCCGCCGGCCCCUACCACCACAUUGAGGACCCUCCAACCUCCACAACCCCCCUCAUCGGGGCCGGAGACCGCCAUGCUGGCCGCCGGAGGCCUUAUGUUAAGGAGAUCUCCCUUGGCAUCUCCGGACUCUUGAUCAUCGGGAUAUCCAUUGGUCUCUUGACCGAGAAAAGGCAAAACCCUCUCUACAAAAACGGGGACGAUGCCACAUUGUCGUCCUGGAAUGGGCCGUGGCCUCCUGUGGAUGCAGUGUCCAUUUCCCGCGGAAAAACUGAGGGAGUCUCCGAGAAGUCGAACGGGGCUUUCCUUGGGACUAAUUACGGGCCGCCGUAUCCAUGGACGAACAACAUGCUGUCGUGGCAGCGGACAGGCUUCCAUUUCCAGCCGGAAAAGAACUGGAUGAACGAUCCUAAUGGUCCGAUGUACUACAAGGGAUGGUACCACUUCUUCUACCAGUACAACCCCGAAGGAGCGAUUUGGGGCAACAGGAUCGUGUGGGGCCAUGCAGUGUCGAAGGACUUCCUCCACUGGACCCACCUCCCCAUAGCCAUGAAUACGGACCAAUGGUACGACCAGAACGGUGUCUGGAGCGGGUCCGCCACGAUCCUCCCUGAUGGGCAGGUCAUUCUUCUAUACACCGGUUCGUCGAACGAGUCGGUCCAGCUCCAAAACCUCGCCUACCCAGCGAACCUCUCCGACCCACUACUUGUCGAGUGGGUCAAGCAUCCUGGAAAUCCUAUACUCACCCCGCCCCGAGGCAUUGGCAAGAAGGACUUCCGUGACCCCACCACCGCCUGGCGCACCUCCCAGGGGAAAUGGCGCAUCACGAUAGGCUCAAAGGUCAAUAGGACCGGGAUAGCCUUCGUGUACGAGACCGAAGACUUUAAGACCUAUGAACUCUUGCCUGGAGUCCUCCACGCAGUUCCAAAGACUGGGAUGUGGGAGUGUGUCGACUUCUUCCCUGUCUCAUUAAGCUCCCAGAACGGCCUCGACACGUCGAUUAAUGGACAAGGGGUGAAACACGUAAUGAAGGUGAGCCUCGACGAUGAUCGACAUGAUUACUAUGCGAUCGGGACAUAUAAUGAGACGGCCAAUACAUGGACCCCGGACAAUCCAAAGAUUGAUCUGGGGAUUGGGAUUAGGUACGAUUACGGAGUGUUCUACGCUUCCAAGACAUUUUAUGACCAGAACAAGAUGAGGAGAAUCCUGUGGGGUUGGAUCAGUGAAUCCGACAGUGAAAGUGCUGAUGUCAUGAAGGGUUGGGCUUCUGUUCAGAGCGUCCCGAGAACGUUGGUGUUGGAUCACAAGACGGGUUCUAAUCUGCUUCAAUGGCCGGUUGAGGAAAUAGAGAGCUUGAGAAUUGGCAGCAAAGAGUUCAACAACGUACAAGUCAAGACAGGGUCGCUGAUUCCUUUAGAAGUCGAAUCCGCCUCACAGGUCGACAUAAUUGCGGAGUUCGACAUAGAUAAGGCUGCUCUGGAGGCGGCACAGGGGACCGACGAGGAAUUUAAUUGCAUCAACAGCGGUGGAGCUGCUCAGCGUGGCUCUCUGGGGCCCUUCGGGCUUCUUGUUCUGGCCGACCAAAGCCUGUCGGAGCAAACAUCUGUGCACUUCUAUGUCUCUAAGGCAAGAGAUGGCAGUCUCAAGACCUCGUUCUGCACCGAUCAAUCGAGGUCCUCCAAGGCAAGUGAUGUGAACAAGCAAAUCUACGGGAGCUUCGUUCCAGUGCUAGAAGGGGAGAAACUGUCAGUGAGGAUCCUGGUGGAUCACUCGAUAGUAGAAGGCUUUGCUCAAGGCGGGAGAACUUGCAUUACUUCUCGGGUUUACCCAACCAUCGCGAUCUACGGGAACGCCCGAGUAUUCAUGUUCAACAACGCCACAGAUGCCAAUGUCAUGGCCUCGGUCAAGAUAUGGCAGAUGAACUCAACAUCCAUUCAUCCGAACUCCGAGGAUGGAAACAACUCACGGAGGACCCUUGCAUCCGGGAUUGCAUAAGAAAAACAAUACUUGAAUACAGUAUGAGGGAGUCAUUGCUCCAUGGACACUACCUAAUCCAUUUAUCCGGAUCACCGAAGUCAGAGGGGAUAUUUGAUACCAAUUUCGGUGAUCUGCUCUUCCAAAGAGAACCUUGUACAGAUCACUGUCAUAUGAUGCAGGUUCUUGGACUCGGAAGUAUAAAUUUUUUAUAUCCCCCCCUGAACGAUUGAACAUUGAACAUCCAACCUGUCAAUGGUCGCCUCUCA